AUGUCGAGUCUUCGCAUUCAAGGUAAUAGUUCUGAGCCUAACACUCCUACCACAAAUCAGUCAGAUACACCUGAUCAUGACAAUACACAACUUGGCAUGAGGGACAUGCAUAAUAGACUUGUCAUUGAGCCUGAAGGCUACACUUUCAAUCUAGAUGAUGUUGUGGGGAUCAUUUCUCAGAAAAAAGGUGCUUGGCGUCCGGAACAUGAGGCCAAAACUUGUGCAAACUUUCACAAGAAAGCUACGCAUACUCUUGCUAGUUUGUUUAAUAAAGCUCGUAGAGAUAACAACAAACCUAGCUGGGUUCUACCGGAGGAUUGGGAAAAAUUACUCGUGCAUUGGAAAUAUGAUCCAAGAUUUAAGCAGAUGAGUGAGAUCGGUAAAAAGACAAGAUCAUCUACUAAGGGUGGUUCUCUACACACAAGUGGGGCUCAAAGUCAAGGAAGUGUGAGGAGGAAAUUGGAAAAGGAACUAGGAAGACCGAUAACUCAAGCUGAGGCAUUUAAGGCAACACACAUUAGAAAGAAGAAAAAUCCUGAAGAUCCAGACGUGUGGGUUGAACCGCGAGCUGAAGUGACCUAUAAUCGAUAUCUUCAAGCUUUGGAGGAUUUACAACAAACUCUGCCGGAAGAAAAUCGAGGUAUGCCACUUACUCAAGAACAGGAUGAGAGAGUUUGGUUAGACUUGACUUGUGGGCCGAGUAGAUAUGGGUAUGCAUAUGGAAUGCCGCAUAAAACCUUUCGUGAAUUUUCUUCUGAGUUUGAAGGCCUAAAUAGUUCAAAUCAUGAUGAAUCAAUGAAGAAAAAUUUGGCUAUGGAGAAAAAGAUUGUUGAGCUAUCUAGCCAAGCCGAAGAAUCACGGGCUAGGGAAAGGCGGUUGGAAUUACAGUUUGCGGAUCUUAAGGCUCAAUUCGAUGCAUUACUUGUUUCUGGAGGGAUUCCCCCUUGUUCUGGUGAUGUCACUUUUCCUCCUCGACCUCCUCAAUCUCAACCUACUCAAUAUCCAAUGCAUGGUCAACAAAGAAAUAUGACCCAUGAGACUAGUAGUGAUGAAGAAAGUGAUGAUUAUGUGGCAAACACACUACCACAUUAG